GCAAAAGCGUCAUUCAAUUGGGGGCUCAAUGAACAGUAACGCCCGGAAUGAACAGUAGAACAGUGUAUCUUCCUUUAGUAUAUAGUAAGUAUAAUUUGGGAAGAUGAAAGUUGAUUACAAGCAAAGGGUUGUGGUUGCUUUUCAUGUAGGUAUCAAAUAUAGUACAGAGAUGAGAAAUUAUAAUCCGUUUAAGAAGGUUUUGUGUUGAAGCAGUAGUCAAUUGCUUUGCUCAUUUUUUGAAGAUGGGCCACGCGAAAUACAUCUUUCCUGCUGUGUUGGGAUCAUUUGCAGUGGCAUGGACAUUUGACCAUUUUGUUGCUGACAAGAAGAUAUUUGGAGGAACUACUCCAUCAACUGUUGCAAACAAAGAAUGGUGGGAAGCAACUGACAAGAAGUUCCAGGUAUGGCCUCGCACUGCCGGUCCACCUGUGGUCAUGAAUCCCAUCAGUAGUCAGAAUUUCAUUGUGAAGUCGGGCACCGAUGAAUGAAUCUUCAACAUCUUCACUUACUUUAUCUCUGUAAUGUAAUGUGAUGACACUUUUUUAGUGUGGUUUGGUUGCUGUGAAUUUUGAAUCCUCUAAAUCAUAGUGUCAUCACGAAUAAAUGAUCUUUUUUAUUUGUUUCACCAUCAAAUCAUAAUUAGUCACCAGAAAUUUUGCCACUAACUGAUAUGGUAGAUGACAUGCACGAUUGUGUCUUAGGCUUUGCUAUUUGUAGCAUUACUUUAUUACCAAAUUUAGGCACUUAGACUUGAUGAGGAACUGUGAGAUGGGUGAAAAACUAUGCUUCCUCGU